UCUACCCAUCAAUUACGUUGAAGAAAAGUUUGUCUUUUAAGUGAGUACCUUUCCAAGUCGUGUUCAUAUUAAGCCCUUUUUUUUUGUUCAUUUCAUUUCCACCAUCAGCCAACACUAAAAGAAACAGAGAAGAAAGAUAAUUUCAAUUGGAAAAUUUAAAAUCCACACAGUAAGAAUCAUGAGAUCCGCCACUUUGCUUCUGGUUUGUUGUAUUCUCAUAUCUUUCAUUUUCAGCCAUGUUAAAGAAGUGGAAGCUGGAUUGAGUCCCAUGGCGGCUAGCCUACGAGUCCGGAAGGAUAUAUUUGUGGGAGGAUGCGGCAGCGACGGAAACAAAACAUGCAUAAACGACUUUGUUAAGAAAGGAGGUGCAGCCAAUAAGCCUUUUAGUUGCGAGUGUGAUAACUUUGGCUUCGAACAUUUAUGCCGAUGUAAUUUUACUUGAUGAAAUUUUUUUCUUCCUAGCCUAUUGUUAUAUCUCUUACAAAAAGCAAAAAAAAAUUCAAGAAAUAAUAAUAUAACAGAAGGAACUAUUUUUUUUUUUUUUUUAAUUGUGGGUGUGUAAUAAUCUUAAAG